GUUCCUGACGAUAAGAAACACAACUUUGACAUCGCCGCAAACAGUUACACUGGAAGAGGAUAUGACUACAUGUCAAUCAUGCACUAUGGCCGCUUCGCCUUUACCAAGAAUGCGGUCGCAGGGGACCUUUUCGUCGGCUGGACACUGAACCAACUUUCCUCAUUUGGCCUUGACACUGACGACUCCACCCUGCAGCCAAGAAAUAGCAUGUACAACGGGAAAAUUGGCCAGAGAGGGCCGAUGUCCGAUGGCGACGCUGAGCAACUGAACGACAUGUAUCAGUGCCAUAAAGUAGCCGUGAGCAGCGAGGGCAGCCCGGGCCUGGGAAUCAAAUGGACCCUCGAUUCCUCAUCCGUGUCUGCCAUCAUUGAGGAAGAUUGGUUCGAAGUUGGUACAGGAAAGGAGUCAAUGCCUGUGGCAUGCAAUGCGGGCUAUGCAGCGACUUCCUGUACGUGCUUUCAAGACAAUGGGGAAUGCCGGGGCGCAAUGGUCACAGAGAUCGGUGGCAGCACCUGCGUGGCCUCGCCCACGUCAGCCACUACAAAGGACCUCAAGGCGCAUGGCAUCUGCCUCCGCCUGGCAUCACCGCACUACAAAGUUGCCCUCAUGUCCGAUGAGGACUACAGCCCGCAACAGGCCUGCGCGUCAAAUUACCGUCUUAUGGGCUGCAGCUGUUCUUCCAGGGGUGGGGAGCGCUGCUACGUGGCACCCAGCUCCGAUGGUUCGAAGUGCGAGGCGGUGGGUUUGGAUGGGAAAGUGCAGGUGCAGGCCCACUGCAUACGCUCCCUGGCGGUCACUGAGACCAAAGUUGUCACAGGCGCUUCUGCAAGCGAGAGCCACGCCGUUUGCACGGACAUGGACUUGGUAGGCUGCCACUGCAAGGGCCCUGCCUGCAAAGGGGCAAGGCCCAUGGGCCUGCAGAAGAACGAAUGCAAGGCGCUGGCGACAAGCGCGAGCGAGAAUGUUGAAGCCGUGGCCAUUUGCGCAAAGCUGGCAGACUAUGGUACCACAGAACUGCCCGGAGUGGAGUACCUCACUGGUGGUCAGGUGGCAAAUGCGGAGAAUGUGCCGGCUGCUGGUGAGCCUAUCCAGAGCAUGUACUGCGGUACAACUGGAUCGUGGUCCAGCUUGGUGGACAAGCAAGGCUGUGCAAAUCUCAAGGUGCAGACCCGCUCGACAAUGGACUGGAAAUGUAGCAGCAGUGGCUGCCAGAACGCGAACCUGGCGCCAGAUCAGACUCAGCACGCACAGCUCCUCGUCACCUCCGAUGGGGCUGCACGCUGCCCAGCUGGCUGGGUGAUGGUGCGCAUCGAGUGCAAGGAUGACUGCAAGACCUUCCAGGUUGAGUGCCGGCCGCCCAGCCCUGGCUCACCAUGGUACCUCUCAGGCGGGCGCAGCUAUACCCCCUGGUUCAAUGGCGAAACUGGCUCUGCCAUGGGCUCCUGCGGUCAGGCCUUGGCAAUCGGUCUGGAGUGCGCUAAGUCCAGCUGGCUCCGGGACUCUAGCUGCAAGCUCGUUCGCCUGGUUUGCCGCCGUGUUGCCUUGCACGCAGAUGACUCCAAGGCAUCACACAGCUCCUUCGACAUGAGCUUUGCGGAGCCGAGGUGGACGGAAUUCAUCAGCAGCACCGGCUUUUCGGAGGCGUUCUCUCAGUUCCAGUUCACUGA